UGUGUGCUGCUCAUCAUCCCCGCCCCCAAUGCGCCAUUAUUAAAUUCACUCUCUGCUUCACAUUUUCAUCUUCUAAAUCUUCCAUGAUCUCAUGCCCCUCACCCACUAACAUACCCCUUCUUCUUCUUCAUUUUCCACUAUCAUCUUCCUUCCAAAUGCACUUAAUCAUCAUAAACUGUCGGUGGUGAUUAUUCCACCCACAACACAAAGAUGCUGCGAGUUAACUGUGAUUCUACUUCACCUCUUUCAGCCCGCCACUCAAGUUUUCAUGGGUGUUCUUGGAAUAAUGGGAAGAUUAGCAAAGAUGAUGGUAGUGCACUAGAUGUAGCUGCACCAAGAGCUUCCUAUAAUUUCAUCCAUGAUGUAAAAUUGCGGAAGAUAUUGCCCGACCAAUCCUCGGUGUGGUCUGAGUCGGAGAUGACACCACGUUCAAGUUCAUUAUCUUCCAUUGCUUCAAAUGGCACACCAAAUUUGAAGUCAUCAAUGGAGUUGGUGAAAGAAAUCACCUCUCUUGAAACGGAAAUACUUCAUUUGGAACGUCAUAUACUUUCGCUCUAUCGAACUGCUUUUCAGCAGCGUGCUCGUAGUUUACAUACCAAAAGAUCCGCUUCGGAACAAAAGAUAGAAUCACAAUUACAACCUGCUGCUGAUCAGUCACUGCUCAAAAAAGUCAACUCUGACGCUUUGUUGAGUGGUCAACAUGGUCAACUUUCAAGUGAUCAAAUUAAAUCUGCCAUCUCGAAUUCAUCAUCCAGAAAAGAGAGAAAAACAAGCCGUUGUAGUCUUGGGGAUCACCUCGGAACUUCUUAUACCGAUAGUGCGCAUCUUGACAGGCCCGAUAGGCUUUCAGAAGACAUGAUGAGAUGUGUCUGUUCGAUUUACUGUAAGCUCGGGGACCAAAAUCAAUCUCAAUCUGGACCAUCGGUUUCUUCUGCCUCAUCCAUGUCUUCAUCGGGUACAACCUGUACCCAUAACCGUUCUGAUUCAUCGAGUCCUUCUUGCAAUGAGGAUGCCACAUGGGACGGUAAACACAAUAAUAUAAAAGAGGAAGGAGGCCCGUAUGCUGAAACGGUAGAAAUUCUGAAAAUAAAUGUUGACGACGAUAGUUUUAAUUAUGCGGAAAUGAUGCUAAAAAAAUUCAGAACAUUGGUAAAGAAACUCGAGAAAGUUGACCCUGGCAAAAUGACGCGCGAACAAAAGCUUGUGUUUUGGAUCAACAUUCACAAUGCUUUGGUGAUGCAUGCAUAUUUAGCAUAUGGAACACAUAACAACACAAAGAGUAAUUCCAUAUUAAAGGCAACGUAUAACAUCGGGGGACACUCCAUCAACGCAUACACCAUACAAAGCUCUAUAUUAGGAAUCAAAUCACACUUUAGAGCAUCGUGGCUACAGUCAUUACUAUCUCCAGGGAGGAAGUUGAAGACAGAGCAUAAUAAACAUAUUUACGCCAUUGAAUACCCUGAGCCACUUGUCCAUUUUGCCCUUUCUUUAGGGGCAUUCUCUGACCCUGCGGUUCGUAUCUACAACGCGAAGAACGUUUUCCAGGAUCUGAGGCUUGCCAAACAAGAGUUUAUACAAUCAACAGUUUAUGUGAACAAAGAAACAAGAAUAUACCUACCCAAAAUCUUAUAUUAUUUUGCAAAAGAUAUGGCAUUGAGCAUGUCAAGCCUUUUGGAAAUAGUCAACUCGUGUUUAUCCGAAAGUCAACCGAAGGUCAAGAAACCGAGCAUAAAAGGUAAACCCGAAAAAUGUGUAUACUGGUUAUCUCAGAGUUGUAUAUUUCGAUACGUGAUUCUUCGAGACACAGUUGAAGGGCGAUUGUCUGUUUGAUUUUUGAGUUUUUUUUUUUUUUUUUUUUUUUUUUUUUUUUUUCUUUUGCAUUUGUGAAUCUUGAAUGCUUUUCUAUUGGCUUUUUGUUAGUUUGAGAGUGUAAAGAGGUGUUUUCAGGACUUUGAAUAGUGGAUUAAGGGUGUAUGUGUGUUUGAGCACUGGGUUUUGUGCAUAUAUAAAUACAUUUUCAAUUAUGCCAA